CAUGUUCCUAGUGUGCAAUAUACUUUUGUACUUCUUUGCUGCAAAUUAUUUUGUUUCUGGAAGGAACUUAAAUGUAAAUUUAUAUUCUGUUGAGGAGCAAAGACUUUUUAGGGGUUUCAGAACAAAACGAGCUGUGGAUUUUGAAAACUACUGUUCCACAAGUGGAUGUUGCUCAAGUAGGAAUGAUGAAUGCAGUUACCAUUAUUCAUGGAAAAAUACAACAUGUUAUUGUGAUAAUUUUUGUGACCAGGAAUCAGAAGGGCAUAUUGACUGCUGCCCAGAUUUUUGGUUGGCUUGCAAAGAAAGGGAUUACCCAGUGCUUCAAACAAGUACUGUAUUUCCUACUCUCACUAAAGAAGGAUGUUGGAACAAUGGAAUCAAUUAUGAAGAUAACACAAUAAUCAAAGACAACUGUAAUUACUGUACCUGCCUUAAUAAUCACUGGGUAUGUACAGAUCACGUUUGCCUUGUUCGGGAUGAUCUAAUUGAAGAAAUAAACAAAAAUGAUUAUGGGUGGAAAGCAGCCAGUUAUAGUCAGUUUUGGGGUUUGACCUUAUAUGAAGGAAUUAAAUAUCGUCUGGGUACCAUAAAACCAUCACCCUCACUUCUGAACAUGAAUGAAAUGACAAGACGUGUAUCUUUGGAUGAAGACUUUCCCUUGUUUUUCAUUUCAUCAUACAAAUGGCCUCAAUACAUUCAUGGUCCAUUAGAUCAAAAGAAUUGUGCCGCAUCAUGGGCAUUUUCCACUGCAAGUGUUGCAGCAGAUAGAAUAGCAAUCCAUUCAGGUGGCAGAUUCACAUCAAACCUCUCUCCACAACACUUGAUCUCCUGUAACAUACAGAAUCAGAAUGGAUGCAAUGGAGGAAAUGUGGAUGGUGCUUGGUCAUUCCUGAGAAAACGUGGAUUGGUUUCUUACUCUUGCUAUCCAUAUGUAAUGGAUAAGGUUAAUGAAUUUGCUGCCUGUAACAUGUCAACUCUAUCUGAUGAAUAUGGGAAAAGAUAUGCCAAUAAACAAUGUCCCAACAGUAUUGAAGAUUCCAACAACAUCUAUCAAUGCAGUCCUGCUUAUCGAAUACCUUCUGAUGAAAGGGAAAUAAUGAAGGAAAUCAUGGAAAACGGACCCGUUCAAGCUGUUAUGCAAGUUGAUGAAGAUUUCUUCCUUUACAAAACUGGAAUCUAUAAGCACACAAAUGUCACAAAUAAUAAGCCACACAAAUAUCAAAUGAGUGACACACAUUCUGUCAAGAUUGUUGGGUGGGGUGCUUUAAAAAUGUCCAAUGGAAAAAAAGAAAAAUUCUGGAUUGCAGCAAAUUCCUGGGGAAAUUCCUGGGGAGAGAAUGGAUAUUUCAGAAUAUUGCGUGGAGAAAAUGAAUCUGGGAUUGAAAACAUAAUAAUAGCAGCAUGGUGUCAUAUUUAGACUUCAUAUGAAUGUGAUGUGUAAUAAUAUUACUUAGAUUUAUUUAAUUAAUAAACUUCCAGUGUAAUUUUUAACAAGUGCUGUUAAAAGCAGUUUGCUUUCUUUCUAAACACAGCACUCUAUAAAAACUGAACUGCUAGAUUACGAGUUUUGCGUUAGGCUAGAAAGCAGCGUUAGCCGGUCCUAACGCUGCUUUUUAACGUCCACUGGUAUUAUGAGUCUUGAAGGUACAGGCUCACAGCUCACGUUUUUGGCCAGACUUGGAAAUACCGCAAAUCCACUUACGUAAAUUGCGUAUCCUCUUUUUUCAAUGGGAGACUUGCAUAGCGCCGGUAUUACGAGUCUGCUAAAAAGUGAGCGGUAGACCCUCUCCUGUCAAGACUGGUACCGCAUUUUAAAGUCAGUAGUUAAAUGGACAGUCUAGGCCAAAAUAAACUUUCAUGAUUCAGAUAGAGCAUGUAAUUUUAAACAAUUUUCCAAUUUACUUUUAUCACCAAUUUUGCUUUGUUCUCUUGGUAUUCUUAGUUGAAAGCUUAACCUAGGAGGUUCAUAUGCUAAUUUCUUAGACCUUGAAGCCCACCUCUUUCAGAUUGCAUUUUAACAGUUUUUCACCACUAGAAGGUGUUAGUUCACGUAUUUCAUAUAGAUAACACUGUGCUUGUGCAUGUGAAGUUAUCUGGGAGCAGGCACUGAUUGGCUAGAAUGCAAGUCUGUCAAAAGAACUGAAAAAAGGGGCAGUUUGCAGAGGUUUAGAUACAAGAUAAUCACAGAGGUUAAAAGCAUAUUAUUAUAACUGUGUUGGUUAUGCAAAACUGGGGAAUGGGUAAUAAAGGGAUUAUCUAUCUUUUAAAACAAUAAAAAUUCUGGUGUAGACUGUCCCUUUAAGAGUUUUAUGCUACGGCGUUGUAAAACUCUUAACUAAAGUGCUUAAAAGUACACUAACACCCAUAAACUACCUAUUAACCCCUAAACCGAGGCCCUCCCGCAUCGCAAACGCUAAAAAAAUUGUUUAACCCCUAAUCUGCUGAACCAGACAUCGCCACCACUAUAAUAAAUAUAUUAACCCCUAAACUGCUGCACUCCCAUCUCGCAAACAUUAGUUAAAUAUUAGUAACCCCUAAUCUGCCGUCCCUAACAUCGCCGCCACUGUACUAAAGUUAUUAACCCCUAAAUCUAAGUCUAA